AUGUUCACCGCACGCGCCCUCCGUACCGCGAGACCAACUCUGCGCCAGCUCACUCAGCGGCGCUUGGAGUCCACCCUCCAGGGACCCGCCGACAAUGCCUUCAACCGCGAGCGACAGGCUGUUAAGGAGCAUGCUGCUGCCACUUCAGGUACGUGAAGAGCUUUGACGUGAUAUUUGGUAUGAUUUGAAGGCGGAAGGGUAUCGAAGGGGUGGUCAAGAGGUGCAUAUCAGCGAGGCAACGCCGCGGAAGAGGAGCAAAGAGAAGGAACACGGCGGUGGAGCGGAGUUUUGAAUAUGGUUACCGAAAGAGCACAUGGAACAGAGGCUAACAUACGCUUCUCACAGAUCUCUGGCGCAAGCUUUCUAUCUAGUACGCUUCCCAAUCCCGGCCUGGCCGCCCAGUCAUCGCACUAGCGGCACAAUCCACCGAACUCCCAUCUGCGACCCAAUCUUGCGAAGUACUGACAUACCUGCAGCAUCGUCAUCCCGUCCCUGAUCAUCGCCGGCGUCAACGCCUGGCGCCUUUGGGACGAGCAUUGGGAGCACAAGAAGCACGAGCCACCGCUUGAGGAGCGCGUGGAAUACCCAUAUAUGAACAUCCGAACCAAGAACUUCUUCUGGGGCGAUGGUGAUAAGGUGCGUACAGCUUCCGCGUGAAGCACAAUGAGAAGGAGAAUUUCUUUAUGCUGAUGUGGGCAGACUCUCUUCUGGAACCCCAAGGUCAACUACCACAAGAAGUCCGACGAGUAG